AUGCUGCCAAUCAUUUCAUAUCAACUGGAUUUUCUGCUUGCAGAAAUAGUAUGCGGAAAAUCGUAUGCUGUACAAAAGUGGGUCGUGCUGCACACGGUUUUGUCUUUAGAACUGGGGACUGCUGUUAGAAUUGGUAUGCUUCUUGUGUACCAGGCGGCAUAUGUUAAGUGCAAACGGCUAAAGUGGAAUCUUAAAAAAACAUGCGUGUGGCAGGUGGAAACAGACCUGCUGGUGUAUGAUUUACUGCCGGCUUAUAAAAACUGGCAGUAUUAUGGCUUCUGGUUAUAUGAAAGUGAAACGCCACCUUUUGAUACCCGGGAUUUGUGCCCUAGGAAAUCGGAGCUGUAUAAUACAUGA